AUGACCGGCCGAGCCGCCGAGCCCGGCCAGCCGGGGCGAUUUUUAUUUGCCACAUCUGGCAGCCCUAACUGUGAUCCAGUCGCUGCCCAGGAACGGCAGCCUCGCGACGGCAGCGGGUCUCGGGGGCUGAGGAUCCCCGAAGACGUGGAGGUGCUCCUAGGAGCCAGCGCCACACCAUCACUACACCGCCAGAAACCCCGGGGACCCCUCCAAGGCCUUUAUCCCGCCCUGCAGGGUCUCUGUCCUCCCAGCCCUUCCAGGCCUGGGGACAAGUUCUGCUCCCUAAUCGGCUUGUCUGUUUGGUUUCCGGUGCACUCCCUGCCGGUCCCUCCUCCUCCAAGACACUUCACCAGGCUUCCCUCACCACACCUGGGGACUGCUUCCUGGGAAAUCCAACUUCUAGGGCCCUGUUCUGAGAACAAGCCUUCCAGUCUUGCUUUCACACCCCGCAGGCUCCCAGGCCACUUCCAUCACCCUAAAUCCAGCCCACAGGCUCUGCAUAAGUUUCAGUGUUCUGAAGCGUCACUAAUCGCCACUCUGAACUUUGACUCCUUUGGAGAGACUGCCAAAGGCACAAGAAAGUUUCUGAAACAUAAUGGAAAAAUCCUUCUGGGGCUGUACUUCCGGAGAGCUUCCACAAUCCGAGCCAGGGUGUACAGGGGCGAGAUCCAGGUCCCACCCAGGAGAUCCAGGUCCCACCCAGGUCCCACCCAGGAGAACGGCUUGACAGAGAGGUACCUGCCUGGUGGGCUGACUGCACUUUGUGGGUCUCGUUCACAGGAGCUCUGCGCUGACCCCCAAUUUAUUGUUGGAGGAGCCACCCGCACAGACAUCUGCCAAGGAGCCCUGGGUGACUGCUGGCUGCUGGCAGCCAUUGCUUCCCUCACCUUGAAUGAAGAGAUCCUGGCUCGAGUGGUCCCCCUAGACCAGAGCUUCCAGGAAAACUAUGCCGGGAUCUUCCACUUCCAGUUCUGGCAGUACGGCGAGUGGGUGGAGGUGGUGGUGGACGACAGGCUGCCCACCAAGGACGGGGAGCUGCUCUUUGUGCAUUCGGCCGAGGGGAGCGAGUUCUGGAGUGCCCUGCUGGAGAAGGCAUAUGCCAAGAUCAAUGGAUGUUAUGAAGCGCUGUCGGGGGGUGCCACCACCGAGGGCUUCGAAGACUUCACCGGAGGCAUCGCUGAGUGGUACGAGUUGAGGAAGGCCCCUCCCAACCUGUUCAAGAUCAUCCAGAAGGCUCUGCAAAAAGGCUCUCUCCUGGGUUGCUCCAUCGACAUCACCAGCGCUGCGGACUCGGAGGCCAUCACGUUCCAGAAGCUGGUGAAGGGUCACGCGUACUCGGUCACGGGAGCCGAGGAGGUUGAAAGUAACGGCAGCCUGCAGAAACUGAUCCGCAUCCGAAACCCCUGGGGUGAAGUGGAGUGGACGGGAAAGUGGAAUGACAACUGCCCAAACUGGAACACCAUAGACCCAGAGGAGAGGGAGAGGCUGACCAGACGCCAUGAAGAUGGGGAAUUCUGGAUGUCUUUCAGAGACUUUCUCGGGCACUAUUCCCGCCUGGAGAUCUGCAACCUGACCCCGGACACCCUCACUAGUGAUACCUACAAGAAAUGGAAACUCACCAAGAUGGAUGGGAACUGGAGGCGGGGCUCCACUGCAGGAGGCUGCAGGAACUACCCAAACACUUUCUGGAUGAACCCUCAGUACCUGAUCAAGCUGGAGGAGGAGGACGAGGACCAGGAGGAUGGGGAGAGUGGCUGCACCUUCCUGGUGGGGCUCAUUCAGAAGCACCGGCGGCGGCAGAGGAAGAUGGGCGAGGACAUGCACACCAUUGGCUUUGGCAUCUACGAGGUUCCAGAAGAGUUAACGGGACAGACCAACAUCCACCUCAGCAAGAAGUUCUUCCUGACGACCCGGGCGAGGGAGCGGUCUGAUACCUUCAUCAACCUCCGGGAAGUGCUCAACCGCUUCAAGCUGCCUCCCGGGGAGUACAUCCUGGUGCCUUCUACCUUUGAGCCCAACAAGGAUGGGGACUUUUGCGUCCGGGUCUUCUCCGAAAAGAAAGCUGACUACCAAGCUGUCGAUGAUGAAAUUGAGGCCAACCUUGAAGAGAUUGACAUCAGCGAGGAUGACAUCGAUGAUGGAUUCAGGAGGCUGUUCACCCAGUUGGCAGGGGAGGAUGCAGAGAUUUCUGCCUUUGAGUUGCAGACCAUCCUGAGAAGAGUUCUGGCAAAGCGCCAAGACAUCAAGUCAGAUGGCUUCAGCAUUGAGACCUGCAAAAUCAUGGUUGACAUGCUGGAUUCGGAUGGGAGUGGCAAGCUGGGGCUGAAGGAGUUCUACAUUCUCUGGACAAAGAUUCAGAAAUACCAGAAAAUUUACCGGGAAAUCGACGUUGACAGGUCUGGUACCAUGAAUUCCUAUGAAAUGCGGAAAGCAUUAGAAGAAGCAGGGUUCAAGCUACCCUGUGAACUCCACCAAGUCAUCGUGGCUCGGUUUGCAGAUGACCAGCUCAUCAUCGAUUUUGAUAAUUUUGUUCGGUGUUUGGUUCGACUGGAAACGCUAUUCAAGAUAUUUAAGCAGCUAGAUCCCGAGGAUACUGGAACGAUAGAGCUCGACCUUAUCUCUUGGCUCUGUUUCUCAGUACUUUGAAGUUGUAACUAAUCUGCUUGAAGACUUCUCAUGACAGAAAAUCAGCCAAAGACUAAGCUUCCACAGAGAAACACUUUGGAUCUGGGGGCCUUGAAAUUUCGGGAACAUUUACUUCACCUCAUGAUCAUAGCAGAAAAUAAUGAUACUGUCUAUUUGAGACAGCAGAAUUGUUCACAUAUCAAAGUAAAAGAUUUGCAUAUCAUUAUACUAAAUGCAAGUGAGUCGCUUAACCCUUGAUAAGCUCAAAGAAAGCUUUAAAAUCUGUAAAUAGCAUACUCUUUCUACUUUUCCACACACUCCUGUUUAUAGCAAUAUUAAAUCAAGAAAAAUAUGCAGGGGGUGUUUAAACAACCGAGCAAACAUUCAGUCAAUCUCAAAGGACACAAGGCCCUUGCUGGGAAUAUGCAAAAUAACUUGAAGUUUAAAAAGGCAGCCAGCGUAUCUACCAAACAGCAGCCCAGGGGUCACCAUUUCCCAUGAGCGAACUAGAAAAUAUGAUGCAUCGUGAUGUAAUGUCAAGGGACCUGAAGAGUCCAGGUGAGGAAGCACACCUCUGUCACUUGGUCAAAGAGACAGGUUUUAUGUAGUAUUGACUGCGAACAGAAAAAGUUGUUCUUAAACUCAAGUCCUUGACCAUAUUUGGCCUUAUGCAUUUAGUCUUAUAAAUACUGGAGGGCUUCUACUCCUGAUCAACUGAGGCAGCACACCAAAACCAGGUGUUCAAUUUGCAAGCCAAUCACAAUAAAGGACAAAACAAGCUGUUCACCACCUCAAAACUUUAUGAACCGCUAGUGUUUGUCCCUGGAGUUAAAGGGACAUUACUUAGGAGCUCUUGGGGACACGAGCUUGUGUCCUGGCUUUACCUUGGGAAAAUGCUAGCAAUAUUAUAAAGCAUUGCCUUGUUGCCUUAUCUUCUUCCAAAUGUACUGUUAAAUAAAGAGUUACCCCAUGCAAUGACACCACGCCAUGUUUUCCUUCCAGGAGGGUGGCCCCAGCAGGCCAGUUUUUGAGCAUACACGAUUGUUUCUAUUUUAACAAGGUAUGCUACACCUCUCUAAAUUCACAUAUUCAGGGGAAAAGGCAUCUGACCUAUAAUUAAAAUGUAGAAAUAUAAAUUUUUUUAAAA